AUGGUGAAGCUUUCUAUGGUUGACGAAUAUCACUCUCUCUUCAACAAACCGCCUCCUCCAGCGGCGUUCCAGUUACUAUCCGAUCUACAUCUGGAAGUCUGCUCGCAAUAUCUUACAUUUGAAAUUCUACCGUCAGCACCUUACCUCAUCUUAGCUGGGGAUAUCGGGUGCCUUGUCGACUAUGAUAGUUACUUGGCAUUUCUUGCGAAACAGACUGCACAAUUUGAAAAGGUCUUUUUGAUUCUUGGCAAUCACGAAUUUUAUCACCUCUCAUUCACUGCCGCUUUGGAACAAGCUCGAAGGCUUGAAAUUGAAGCAAUUUUGGAUGGAAAACUAGUUUUAUGUCAUCAGAAACGUUGGGAUAUCGAAAUUGGAAAUUCUCAGAUUUCGAUCUUGGGUUGUACACUUUGGUCCAAAAUCAUUGAUGGUGCAAGAGACGCAGUGCAGGCGAGAGUGAAAGAUUUUGGAAAGAUAAAUAGCUGGUCAAUCGACGACCAUAAUGCUGCCCAUGCAUCUGAUCUUGAAUGGCUUUCCGGUCAAGUGACGGACAUUCAGAAUCAAAACAGAUCCAGAGCCAUGGGAGAGCCCGAAAGGAAGAUAUUGAUAAUCACACACCACGCGCCAUUAAUACACGGAACAUCCAAUCCUAAGAAUAUCAAUAAUCCAUGGAGUUCGGCAUUCGCAACCGAUCUUCUGGAGGGUUCCGGCUUAAAUUGGGGAGACGUGAAAGUAUGGGUCUUUGGACAUACACAUUUCACAACAGAUUUUGAAAAGAAUGGUACACGAGUUUUGAGUAACCAAAGAGGCUAUAUACUUCCUGGAAGUAUCGAAAAUAAAGACGACAAGUACAAAGAUAUUGUGUUUGAACCGAAGAGGGUAUUCAGUGUUUGA